AUGUGUCUUAACUGUUUUUGUCAAGUGAAUGAAUCUCUAAACUGUAUUGAUCAAGUGAAUGAAUCUCUAAACUGUAUUUGUCAAGUGAAUGAAUCUCUAAACUGUAUUGAUCAAGUGAAUGAAUCUCUAAACUGUAUUUGUCAAGUGAAUGAAUCUCUAAACUGUAUUGAUCAAGUGAAUGAAUCUCUAAACUGUAUUGAUCAAGUGAAUGAAUCUCUAAACUGUAUUGAUCAAGUGAAUGAAUCUCUAAACUGUAUUGAUCAAGUGAAUGAAUCUCUAAACUGUAUUGAUCAAGUGAAUGAAUCUCUAAACUGUAUUGAUCAAGUGAAUGAAUCUCUAAACUGUAGUGAUCAAGUGAAUGAAUCUCUAAACUGUAGUGAUCAAGUAAAUAUCUCUAAAGGUACUAGUAUUUAG